UUAUUGUAAAGGGGUAAAGUUUUCGGGUCCGUCACGUGACCCUGACAGGUCCGGCCUAUGGCGCGGCGGACCACCCACGCCGAGGGCCACGGAGCGGCUUAAUAGCAACAGCCUUGGGAUUGUGCGUCCGCGCCGCGCUCGCCGAGAGACCCGCGGCCCGCGCCGGGGUUCUUACCCUUUCCGCUGCUUUUGUAAAGACGGAGGAGGAGGAAGAGAAGACGAAGAGUAAGACCAAGAAAAAGACGACGACAGGAAAGACAAAGAGACCUGCGGCGGCCCGGCCAGGGGGAGACCGAGGAAGGCCGGGAGAAGACGGAGAAGCGUUGGACGAGGAAAAAAGGGCUGAAUGUGAACUCCAAGCCCGGGUCCGCGCCCUUGGCACCGCGCUCCGGGCAGGGGCUGACGGCCGGCGAUGGGGAAGGCGACCGGCCGAAAAGCGCCGCUGUGGCUGAGAGCGAAGUUUCAGAGACUUUUAUUUAAACUGGGUUGUUACAUUCAAAAAAACUGCGGCAAGUUCUUGGUUGUGGGCCUGCUCAUAUUUGGGGCCUUCGCGGUGGGAUUAAAGGCAGCUAAUCUGGAGACCAACGUGGAGGAGCUGUGGGUGGAAGUUGGUGGACGAGUAAGUCGUGAAUUAAAUUAUACUCGCCAGAAGAUUGGAGAAGAGGCUAUGUUUAAUCCUCAACUCAUGAUACAGACCCCGAAGGAAGAAGGUGCUAAUGUACUGACCACAGAAGCGCUCCUACAACACCUGGACUCAGCACUCCAGGCCAGCAGAGUCCACAUAUACAUGUACAACAGGCAGUGGAAAUUGGAACAUUUGUGUUAUAAAUCAGGAGAACUUAUCACAGAAACAGGUUACAUGGAUCAGAUAAUAGAAUAUCUUUACCCUUGUUUAAUUAUUACUCCACUGGACUGCUUCUGGGAAGGGGCAAAAUUACAGUCUGGGACAGCAUACCUCCUAGGUAAACCUCCUUUGCGGUGGACAAACUUUGACCCUUUGGAAUUCCUAGAAGAGUUAAAGAAAAUAAACUAUCAAGUGGACAGCUGGGAAGAAAUGCUGAAUAAGGCAGAAGUUGGUCAUGGGUACAUGGACCGUCCCUGCCUCAAUCCAGCUGAUCCAGACUGCCCUGCCACUGCCUCCAACAAAAAUUCAACCAAACCUCUUGAUAUGGCCCUUGUUUUGAAUGGUGGAUGUCAUGGAUUGUCCAGAAAGUAUAUGCACUGGCAGGAGGAAUUGAUUGUGGGUGGCACAGUCAAGAACAGCACUGGGAAACUUGUCAGCGCCCAUGCCCUGCAGACCAUGUUCCAGUUAAUGACACCCAAGCAGAUGUACGAGCACUUCAAGGGCUAUGAGUAUGUCUCGCACAUGAACUGGAACGAGGACAAGGCAGCAGCCAUCCUGGAGGCCUGGCAGAGGACGUACGUGGAGGUGGUUCAUCAGAGCGUCACCCAGAACUCCACUCAAAAGGUGCUUUCCUUUACCACCACGACCCUAGACGACAUCCUAAAAUCUUUCUCUGAUGUCAGUGUGAUCCGCGUGGCUAGUGGCUACUUACUGAUGCUUGCCUAUGCCUGUUUAACCAUGCUGCGCUGGGACUGCUCCAAGUCCCAGGGUGCCGUGGGGCUGGCUGGCGUCCUGUUGGUUGCACUGUCAGUGGCUGCAGGAUUGGGCCUGUGCUCAUUGAUCGGGAUUUCCUUUAACGCUGCAACAACUCAGGUUUUGCCAUUUCUUGCUCUUGGUGUUGGCGUGGAUGACGUUUUUCUCUUGGCACAUGCAUUUAGUGAAACAGGACAGAAUAAAAGGAUCCCUUUUGAGGAUAGGACUGGGGAGUGCCUCAAGCGCACAGGAGCCAGCGUGGCACUCACCUCCAUCAGCAAUGUCACUGCCUUCUUCAUGGCGGCACUGAUCCCCAUUCCCGCACUGCGGGCCUUCUCCCUGCAGGCUGCAGUUGUGGUGGUCUUCAAUUUUGCCAUGGUGCUGCUCAUUUUUCCUGCAAUUCUCAGCAUGGAUUUAUAUCGACGUGAGGACAGGAGAUUGGAUAUUUUCUGCUGUUUUACAAGCCCCUGCGUCAGCAGAGUGAUCCAGGUUGAACCUCAGGCCUACACAGAGGCACACAGUGCCACGCGCUACAGCCCCCCACCCCCCUACAGCAGCCACAGCUUUGCCCACGAAACACACAUCACCAUGCAGUCCACGGUCCAGCUUCGCACCGAGUACGACCCACACACGCACGUGUACUACACCACCGCCGAGCCACGCUCCGAGAUCUCUGUGCAGCCUGUCACUGUCACCCAGGACACCCUGAGCUGCCAGAGCCCCGAGAGCACCAGCUCCACCAGGGACCUGCUCUCCCAGUUCUCGGACUCCAGCCUCCACUGCCUUGAGCCUCCCUGCACCAAGUGGACGCUCUCAUCCUUUGCCGAGAAGCACUAUGCCCCUUUCCUCCUGAAACCCAAAGCCAAGGUCGUGGUGAUCUUCCUUUUCCUGGGCUUGCUUGGGGUCAGCCUUUAUGGGACCACUCGAGUAAGAGACGGGCUGGACCUUACAGACAUUGUCCCUCGGGAAACCAGAGAAUAUGACUUUAUUGCUGCACAAUUCAAAUACUUUUCUUUCUACAAUAUGUAUAUAGUCACCCAGAAAGCAGACUACCCGAAUAUCCAGCACUUACUUUACGACCUUCACAAGAGUUUCAGUAAUGUGAAGUAUGUCCUGUUGGAAGAAAACAAACAGCUUCCUAAAAUGUGGCUACACUACUUUAGAGACUGGCUGCAAGGACUUCAGGAUGCAUUUGACAAUGACUGGGAAACUGGGAAAAUCAUGCCAAACAACUACAAAAAUGGAUCAGAUGAUGGGGUCCUUGCCUACAAACUCCUAGUGCAAACUGGCAGCCGGGAUAAACCCAUCGACAUCAGCCAGUUGACUAAACAGCGUCUGGUGGAUGCAGAUGGCAUCAUUAAUCCCAGCGCUUUCUACAUCUACCUGACGGCUUGGGUCAGCAAUGACCCUGUUGCUUAUGCUGCCUCCCAGGCCAACAUCCGACCCCACCGACCAGAGUGGGUUCACGACAAAGCGGACUACAUGCCAGAAACAAGGCUGAGAAUUCCAGUGGCCGAACCCAUCGAGUACGCCCAGUUCCCUUUCUACCUCAACGGCUUGCAAGACACCUCAGACUUUGUGGAAGCCAUUGAAAAAGUGCGAACCAUCUGCAACAACUACACAAGCCUGGGGCUUUCAAGCUACCCCAAUGGCUACCCCUUCCUCUUCUGGGAACAGUACAUCAGCCUGCGCCACUGGCUGCUGCUGGCCAUCAGUGUGGUGCUGGCCUGCACGUUCCUGGUGUGCGCGCUCUUCCUGCUGAACCCCUGGACAGCUGGGAUCAUUGUGAUGGUCCUGGCUUUGAUGACAGUGGAGCUCUUUGGCAUGAUGGGCCUCAUUGGGAUCAAGCUGAGUGCUGUGCCUGUGGUCAUCUUGAUUGCAUCUGUGGGCAUUGGAGUAGAAUUCACUGUUCACGUGGCUUUGGCCUUCCUCACUGCCAUUGGCGACAAGAACCGAAGGGCCAUGCUCGCUUUAGAGCACAUGUUUGCACCUGUUCUGGAUGGUGCUGUGUCUACUCUGCUCGGAGUACUGAUGCUUGCAGGGUCUGAGUUUGAUUUCAUUGUCAGGUAUUUCUUUGCUGUUCUGGCGAUCCUCACUAUCCUGGGUGUUCUCAAUGGACUAGUUUUGCUUCCGGUCCUUUUGUCUUUCUUUGGACCAUAUCCUGAGGUCUCUCCAGCAAACGGCCUAAACCGGCUGCCCACCCCUUCCCCUGAGCCACCCCCAAGUGUGGUCCGGUUUGCAGUACCUCCCAGUCACAUGAACAAUGGAUCUGAUUCCUCUGACUCGGAGUACAGUUCUCAGACGACUGUGUCAGGCAUCAGUGAGGAACUUCGGCACUAUGAGGCUCAGCAGGGCACAGGGGGCCCUGCCCACCAUGUGAUCGUGGAAGCCACAGAAAACCCUGUCUUUGCCCGUUCCACUGUGGUUCACCCCAAAUCAAGGCGUCCCCCACCCACGAUCCCUCGACCUCAUCCCUGCCUGGACUCGGGGUCCCUGCCCCCUGGACAGCAAGGCCAGCAGCCCCACAGGGACCCCUCCAGAGAAGGCUUGCGGCCACCUCCCUACAGACCGCGCAGAGACGCUUUUGAAAUUUCUACUGAAGAUCACUCUGGCCCCAGCAACAGGGACCGUGCUGGCCCCCGGGGGACCCGACCUCGGAACCCAGCACCCACAGCCGCAGGCAGCACCAUGCCUGGCUACUGCCAGCCCAUCACCACGGUGACGGCUUCUGCUUCCGUGACAGUGGCCGUACACCCCCCGCCCGGGCCUGGGCGGAACCCUCGAGUGGGGCCCUGCCCAGGUUAUGAGGGCUACCCUGAGACUGACCACAGGCUAUUUGAGGACCCCCACGUACCUUUUCAUGUCCGGUGCGAGAGGAGGGACUCGAAGGUAGAAGUCAUAGAGCUGCAGGACGUGGACUGCGAGGAAAGACCCCGGGGAGGCAGCUCCGGCUGAGGGUGAUUGAAUCUGAAGCAAAGAGGCCAAAGAUUGGAACCCCCACCCCACCCCGCCCCCACCUCUUUCCAGGACUGCUUGAAGAGAACUGCUUGGAGUUUCGGACAAGAUGUGCUGCCCAGAAGAGCAGUUCAUUGUUACUGUAACCGAUUGUAUUAUUUUGUUAAAUAUUUCUAUAAAUAUUUAAGAGAUGUACACAUAUGUAAUAUAGGAGGAAAGGAUGUAAAGUAGCAAGGCCUGGAGUCCCCCCACUCCAGCCCGAGUUGGGAGCUGGAAGGGGGCCUCUCCCUCUCUGUACAUUGAUUGGGCUCUGUGCCACAACCAAGCUUAACUUAGUCUGAAAUUUCCAGCAUAUGUUGCUGCUGCUUAAAUAUUGUAUAAUUUACCUGUAUAAUUCUAUGCAAAUAUUGCUUAUGUAAUAGGAUUAUUUUGUAAAGUUUCUGUUAAAAUAUUUUAAAUUUGCAUAUCACAACCCUGUGGUAGUAUGAAACGUUACUGUUAACUUUCAAACACGCUAUGCGUGAUAAUUUUUGUUGUUGUUUAAUGUGCAGAGACGAAGAAAGCAGGUUAAACCCAGUGGCUUCUCUAGGGGUAGUGAAUGUGGUUCUCUGGUUUAGCUGUGUGUGUGAACUUGCGUGUGAUUUCCCAGUGUACUGUACUGUGAUUUUUUUUUUGUCUUGUUUGUUUUUCUUGCUGUCUUUUACCCUAGCAAGCUCUGACCCAGUCAGGCUGGAAGAAUCAAGAUGUCUUUAUGGCUCUGGGCUGGGGGAGGGCUAGCCCCCAAACAACUUGCCCCUUUCUCUGGAAAUGGUCCAACAGCAAGUAGACUUGCUUCCUGUCUGUGGUAUCUCUGAAGGUCAUUGGUUGCCCUCCAGACUCCCCACCUUGUGCUUCAGAGAAAGUAAGUUCCUUCACAGGCAUCAUUGUGAUGGUGUUGGAAUCUCAGGGUAUAGAGCUGAUAGCCCUCGUUGGUGGUAGAGAAUUUUUGACAUGCAGAGUUGGGAGUCCUUGCUGGGCCAUGAAAUAUGCUCUGGAUAUAUACUCUGAGAUACACACACACACACACACACAGCUCUGCUAUAGGUAGAAGAAUUUGUUGGGUUUAUUCUGGGCCCACAGUAAGCCCAGAGAUGAUGUUCUGAGUCCCUCCAAUGUAAACUCCCUCUCUUUCUAAAUUGAACAGCUGGUUGGGGCUGCCUGGAUCUGUUCAUGUCUUUAAAACGUGAAUGGUGAGCUUGUGACACGGUGAUACAGAAUCAGAAGUUCUGUGGACUCUGAGCCUCUGAGAAUUCUUCUCACUGUGUCCAUGUUAGGUGCAUACUUCAUGAACAAGUCAAACUUGGUCUCCUUCCCCUCUCCAUGUUCUUUCACUGUGACAUUUAUUGAAGAGCAGAAAGCUGCUCACUGCAUACACCCCAUGAAAGAAUGUAGAUGGAGGCAGAUUUCUCUACCAGGUAUUACUUUGAAAGGUUGCUUCUGUGUGGAUUCUGUUCUCUUGCUCUGUGGCCUGGGCUCCCUAACCUCUGUAGCCAGACAUCAGGGCAUGCACUGCCAACUUGUCUCAGAGAAAAGGACCCAGUGCCCACUAGAGCUUCAGCCACUGUGAGGAGCACUCUGUGGCAGCUACAAGGAAAAUCUUAGGAGAAAGGCAUCUGGCCCCCAGUGAUACCAGCAGUUUAGCAACCUCAGACCCUAAAACUUACCGAACACUGUAAGGUACUAAUCGGAAGCCACCUGUGGUGCCAGGUGUAUGUGUUAAUAUGCUGGGACCCAGGCCAUCCAGCUGCUACUGUCUUGGUGCCUUCCUGUCAGCCACACUGCCUGCCAGCAUAACACAGACUAUGCUCAGAAAACAUGUCUUGAGUUGAAGGGAGAGAUGCAGAGUUCUAAAGCCAGCUUUCCUGCAGCUGCUGGUGUGCCCUUCCUUUCCCAUGCUGAGCUUGUGAGCCCCCAUGGUUUCUGUACAGAAUAGAACUUUCCAUGGGUCACAGUGGCCAAGGGAGGGCUCAGGCUGGUGGGAAACUAGUGUCUCUCUCUGUCUCUGUCUCCCUGUCUCUGCCUCUCUCCUUUGUAGAUUUGUCUGUCUUUGUUCAUUUGGAUGUUUUAAUUUUUUAAAAAAUUCUUUGCUGAUAUUUAUAAUUUUGUAUCAUAAGAAUGUUUUCCUACAGUAUUUGUCAUGCCAGUUUAUAACAAAAAUGCAGGGAUUUUAUUUCUAUUGGAAACACUAUUACAGCUAUGUUUUACUUUUGAACAGAAUUUUUAUAUGUAUAGAGUGCUUACUAAUGUUAAAUAGUUCAGAGUAUAUAACAUUUACAUUAAGGACUCAUAGUAGGUUUUAGUGUAAGGAGUUUAAAGGAAAUAUUCAAACUGGGUCUUGUUGUCUGCCAAUUUGGGUGGAGAUGAGUUUGUGUCAUUUCAAUUACAAAGAUAAAAGUAUGCCAUAUAAUUUAUUUAUAUGAAAAUUUAUUUUUGUAGUGUACAUAGUAGUCAUCAAGUCUUUUGACAGAAGUAUAUUUUUAAAGAAUUUAUAUGUGAUGAAUCCAUAAUGUCUGGAACUUUGCUGAGACAUAAGUGGGGACACUUUUCACUGUAAAUUACAACAGGAAAAUAAAUGUCUAACAGUGUUAAGAGAGUGAGAGCGCAAGUGGGUGCUCCUGUGAUUGUGAAAUGUCAUUUAGUUACCAUUCAUGACCUAGUAUGGUUCUCAUACCUUGGAAGGUAAAAAUGUACAAACUCUCUAAAUAUUAAUGUUCAAACACUGAUAGAAAUUCUAACAUGAAUAAAAAAUAAUAUAACUUCUUGGGUA